GGAUCAUCCUGGGUGUGUGCAGCCAGUCAGUCAGUCAGUCAGCCAGCCAGGCAGUUAGUCAGUCAGUCAGUCCAGCUCAGAGCCACACAGUGAGAAAACACAUCUCAACGUGAGUCCGGUCGGCCGUGCCUGUCAUCUGUCACCGUGUUCGCUGCUCCUUCUCCCGCGGACGGACCGACAAUGGGAAACUACCCGAGCUAGUUUCUGAAGAGGACGCGGAUCCGGAGGGGGGACUGUGCUAAAACUACCAGGUUGAGGACUUGAGACGCACCGUUCACCUCCAGAGCAGGAGCGCAGUGGACAUGCAGACUUUCCUGAAAGGCCGGAGAGUGGGCUACUGGCUCAGCGAGAAGAAGAUGAAGAAACUGAAUUUUCAGGCCUUUGCCGAUUUGUGCAGGAAAAGGGGAAUAGAAGUUGUUCAGCUGGACCUCAGCCAGCCUCUGGAGGACCAGGGUCCCCUGGACGUCAUCAUCCACAAACUGACUGAUCUCAUCCUGGAGGCUGACCAGAAUGAUUCACAGGCAGUGCUGCUGGUGCAGAGAGUACAGGACUACAUUGAUGCCCACCCUGAGACGAUCGUCCUGGACCCGCUUCCAGCCAUCCGGACCCUGCUGGACCGCUGCAAGUCCUACCAGCUCAUCCGGAGAUUAGAAACCUGUAUGCAAGACGAGAGGAUCUGCUCUCCUCCAUUCAUGGUCCUGAACACGGAGUGCAGCGUAGACGUGCUGGAGCAGAUCAAGAGGCAGGGACUCACAUUCCCCUUCAUUUGCAAAACGCGGGUGGCUCAUGGCACCAACUCCCACGAGAUGGCCAUCAUUUUCAGUGAGGACGACCUGAAGGACGUGAAGCCCCCGUGCGUGAUCCAGAGCUUCAUCAACCACAACGCGGUCCUCUACAAGGUGUUUGUGGUGGGAGACUCCUACACUGUGGUGGAGAGGCCUUCCCUGAAGAACUUCCCCGCCGGACCUGCAGAAAGGAAAGCCAUAUUCUUCAACAGCCACAACGUUUCCAAGCCAGAGUCGUCCUCAGACUUGACCUCGAGAGAGAACGUAGAGGGAAUGUCUCUGCCACCCAACGACGACGUCAUCAGAGAGCUGUCCAGGUCACUGCGUCAGGCGCUGGGAGUGUCCCUGUUCGGCAUCGACGUCAUCAUCAACAACCAAACAGGCCAACAUGCAGUCAUUGACAUCAAUGCAUUCCCUGGUUAUGAGGGUGUCCCCGAGUUCUUCAACCACCUCCUAAACCACAUCAGCAGCAUGCUCCAGAGCCAAAACCCUGACUUUGCCCCUGGCAGCGAGCAGCCCAAAGGUCUGCCGGUGAGCCCCUCGGUACCCAACGCCACCCCGCCGGCCUCGGGCUGCUGCAGCAUGCUGGGAAAAGAGCUGCAGAGACUGGGCUGCAACUCGGCCAUGUCCCCCAACUUCCAGCAGCACUGUGUCUCCACGAUAGCCACCAAGGCGUCCUCCCAGUGACGGAACCUCCCCACCCGCACCCCCCACUACCCCGUUUGAUCCCCAAACAAAAACAAAAAAAAAAAAGAAAGGAAAAAAAAACUGAUGACAGUGGUGACAAUAAUAAUGAAUAAUAAUCAUAGUAAUUAUGAUGUUAAUGAUGAUAAUAUAUCUAAUCAGAAAAGUUUUCCUAUAUAGUUAUUGAAAAAUGAUGGUGAUUGGGUGUAAGCUUUCUUUUCUCUCUGCCUUUUGUAUUUUUGGUUUCGUCUAAUGAGACUUAACAGUACUGUAAUGUGAACUUUUGGGAACUCUUGCCUAAUAGCUGUUUUUAUUUUUCUCUCUUGUGUGAAAUCUCUGUAAUGAAAGGGUCCAGAUGAGGUAGCUAUUGGGGGAAAGGCCUGAUCGGGCCGGAGAAAGACGUGCCACUAGACGUGCAAUGUAUGAUCGCUUGUAUUUUACACACACACACACACAUAUACACACAUUUACACACACACACACACACAGGCACAUUAACACUGCAACAAAGCAGUGUUUUGUAUUCUGGUCAAUACCACUGACUCCUCUGUACAAAGUCCUGGGGGGAAGACGUGGCUGGGCAUUUGAACACUACUCCAGAUCCCAGGCUGCUAUGUGACUGUGGCCAACUGACGGAAGGAAGAGGACAUCACAAGUUUUGGGUUGUGUUUUUUUUUUUUUUUUUAACAUGAGCCGUUUAUUUUUCUGAGUGCCAUCAAAUUUACUACGACCGCAGACAAAAAAAACAGUUUAAAAAGAUGAAAAGUGACUCCAUGACCAUGUGACCAAUUUUUCUUUUCUUUUUUGUUGUUGCACCGGUUCUGAGUUUUUUUUUGUUUUUUUUAUUAUUAUUAUUGUUUUGGUUUUUCCCCUGCGUGUCAGAUGCCGGAUGUUUUGGUGUCCAACAAACAACCCCAGUUCGAGUCGCUCCACCGCAGGAAGACGAGGAUCACAUUCCCUUUUUUUUUUCUUUUUUUUUGUUUCUGGACGUUUUCAGAGAAAUUCCAUGAUUUUUCAGAAUUCCAGCGAGACCUUGUGAGGUUGCUCACGUCCCUCCGUAGGGUUUGUAGUCUCCUUAAAACACUCUCCGUGUGUCUUCAGCGCUUGUGUCUGUAACGUGGGCAAAGUACUUGACUGAUCGCCACGCAAACGCCAUCGUUGCGCUAAAAUGAAGGUGAAAAUGCCUGAACGCCCGCGUAGACCGGGCGUUUAUCUUGCCACCGUUAAACGACGAGCAGCACUUCUUACACUUAAAAGGAAAGCAACAGUCCAGUCGGUUCAUUUGCUUAAAGUCUCUGACCUGUCUUCUGUUCCAGCUGCUGUAUGUGUGUCACGUGUUAAAAAUCAAUCAGUGGUGGGAGGAGCUGAUGUGCACAGUGUUCACUGUGAGAUUUUUUUACUCCAAUUUUGUUAAUAUCUUUGUCCUGACAUCUACUAAGAGCAACUUUAUUUUAUUGAGAUUUUAUGGGGAAAAUGUUUUAUAUAAAUGAAAUGAGAGAAGCGGUGUUUCUGAACAACACGUGGGAUAUUUACUAGAGGAAUAGUAAAGUGCUGGGUCUAGCAGGUGGUGUCAAAGGGACAGAUGAGCUGGUGGUGGUGUUGGUGGUGGUGGUGCGGUUCCCUCUGGUAUCUAGUGGGAAUGGGCCCUAACCUGCAGUGCAUACAGAUUAUUGCAUUCCCGUGAGCCUGCUGCUUCUUCUCCUCUUGUCCCAGUGAGUUCCCCCCCCCCAUCAGUAUCAAAGGACGGCCCCUCCAGCUCGACCUGCGAUCGUAAAUAACCACCGCGGCCAUCUCACCAGCAUCUCGCUAAGACUAAAAGAACAGCAGCGACAAUUUUCGAAAGAGGUUUUCACUCGGCAUCAACCGUAUGUUCCCCACGAUCUGAGAACGCGGCGAAGUAACUUAGCAUGACAGCAGGUUCAGGGAAAUGCACGCGUGUCCUCACCUGAGAAAAAAGGCUCAUCCCUGUUUAGGUCGGAAAGGCUGACAUCUGUGUACACAACUAUACUGUGUCCUAUCUCGUGUUCCUUAUUGUGCUUCUUAAUGGGAAAUAAAUGGUUAACCCUACUCUUCUGCAACCUGGACGGCGUCAUCAUGCUCCCAGCUUCCACCUGAAUGUUUACUUCUUGGGUGUCUUGUACAGUACGUGUAUAUGCGCCUAGGCUUACAUCCGUACAGUAUGUUGUUUUGUAUCAGUUCUGUAAUUAAAAAAAUCCACAAUUUUGUGACCUUUUUUUUAAAAAAUUAAAGGGCCGACGAUUCUACAGGGCGAAAUAAACAUGUGAAACCUC